AAAGCAAAACACCUCUAAUAUCAAGUACAACUCUGCAGUUUUUCCUGGUGUAAUAUCUCAACGCAAAGUUGUAAUCGAAAACACACAAAAAACCCUAAAACUUCAUUCAUUCUCCGCUAAUGGCCUCCGUAGACCCCACCGACACACCCGCCGUCGCAACGACGUCGCCCAAGACCGAGUCACAACUCGGUGCGGCCGCCACAACCGAGUCGGAGCCAAGGAAGUGGCCGGGUUGGCCCGGAGACACAGUAUAUAGACUGAUAGUACCGGUUAUGAAAGUAGGGAGUAUAAUUGGGCGAAAAGGAGACGCAAUUAAGAAGCUUUGUGAGGAGACUCGGGCCCGUGUUCGUGUUCUUGAGGGUCCUGCUGCCUCUCCUGAUCGAAUUGUUUUGAUAUCUGGUAAAGAGGAGCCGGAGGCGGUCCUAUCCCCUGCAAUGGAUGCGGUACUGAGAAUUGCUAAGCGUGUUAAUGGACUGCCUGAGAGUGAUGAAGAUUCUAAAGUAUCUGGAGCUGCUUCGAUUGCAUUUUGUUCGGUACGGUUAUUGGUGCUUUCUCCACACGCUACUAACCUGAUUGGAAAACAGGGUACUACGAUUAAGUCAAUACAGGAGAGCUCUGGUGCCUCCAUUCGGGUUCUUUCAAAUGAUGAAGUCCCAACCUAUGUUAGUUCUGAUGAAAAGGUUGUAGAGGUUCAAGGAGAGGCUAUAAAGGUUAUUAAAGCUCUUGAAUCUGUGGUGGGACACUUGAGGAAAUUUUUGGUUGAUCACAGUGUUCUUCCAUUGUUCGAGAAGAAUAACAAUAGUACAAUGGUCCCACAAAUGGUGUCACAAGAUCGGCAGGUUGAAAAUUGGGCUGACAGGACAAUGAUGCGCUCUAAUAUUGAUGCUGGAAUAGGUAGCAAUGAUUAUCCUCUUUUGCUAAAGAGGGAGGCUCAAUUUAUUGAACGUGAAAGAAAUCUCGACUCCAAACUCUCUUUGUCUGGGUUGUCGAAUUAUGGGCAAGAUAGUGGACUUUAUGGGAUGUCUUCUUCAGGGCGUGGUCUUGCAGGUGGACCUAUUAUAACUCAGGUUGCACAAACGAUGCAAAUUCCGCUCACAUAUUGUGAUGAUAUCAUUGGAGUAGGAGGGUCCAAGAUUGCACAUAUUCGACGUACCAGUGGUGCUAUUCUCACUGUGCAAGAGAGUAUGGGUCUACCAGAUGAAAUCACUGUGGAAAUUAAAGGGAACUCUGCACAAGUUCAGGUUGCUCAACAGCUUAUUCAGGAAUGUGUAAACAACCACAAGGAAGUUAUCCCCAGAAGUUAUGGCAUGACAGAAUUGGAAUCGAGGUCAUUGUACUCACAGAUGAAGAAUAGUUAUCCAUCAACUUCGUUUGGAAGUCAACAAUAUGAAACUCAGUAUCCUUACGGAUCAUCCGGUCUAGGAGGACUAGGAGGAUAUGGUAGCUACAGGAUGUGAUUGAUGGUAUUGGAUUUUUUUUUAAAAGUAUUUGUUCAUGUGUUUGACUGUCCUUUUUCGUUUGAGUUGGGAACAAUUUGUUGUUGGUUCUUACCUAGUUUAAUGGUAAACCUUUGAUGAAGUUCAUCAGUUGGGAAUUCCAGCGUGUCUGUCGUAUUAUUAUAAUUACUAUUAUUUAUUAUUAUUAUUAGGUACAA